UCAGAACGACAGCGGCCGACAGCCGUGACCCGUCGGACUCCUGGCAUAUAAAGAGACACUUGAGGAGUACAAGGUGGGCAUUCGUUGAUUUGGGUCCUUUCUCUCUCUGAUACUACACUUCGUUGAAGGUCUAUACUCAUGAUUGAAUUACAGCACAAGGAUGCUGGCAAUGCAUACAGUCGCGACCAAACUGGGACGCAGUGGCAGCCACACCCAUGGAUCGCACAGACAGUUGGACGUCCAUCGCACAUCUCGCAGCCUGAUCCUGUUGUUCACACUAUUUGUUAAUUACUUCCAUCUCCAUCUCGUUUUGAAGCACUUGAUACUGAUAUAUGAUAUCAUCCAUGAUAUCCCGUUAACUUACAGUUUGAUUUUUCGUAUAGUAUAUCAUAGUCCGCAUUAUUUUGCCUACGGGAAGUCAUCCAGUAACACCAUAUGUACACCUACGCCACCGAGUCUCCUACCAUUUCAGGCAUCGCACCUCAUGCACAUUGCAUAUGGCGUUAUUGUGCAGGGGCAGAGCUUGUUAUUCAGCUGAUGCUACAAGGAGUACUAGAUGAGGCUUCUUACUAACACCGCUGCCAU